AUGGAAGCUGCCGUUGACAAGCCCAAGUUUACAGCGGCGGAGAUGGGCCAAGCCCUAACCCUCCUUGAUGCGGAAUUGUCCAAAUCGAAAAACAUCCAACGCGUCAGCCCUGUGAAGAUUAUCUCCUACGGAGGCUUCGUCGGGGUUACCCAUCUUCAAUCAUAUCCCUUAACCGAGAGUAUUGAAUAUAUUCUCGACCCCGCUAUCCUUGACAAGGAGAAAAUUAGGGUCAAGUUGCAGCGUGGAGUCAAGGCAGUUGCUGAAAAGCAUACUCUACCCAUAGAUUGGAUGAAUUCCCGCGUGGAAUUGUUGGCGGUCGGAGACAGCAUCUUUCCUCUCUUCGGCGAAUCGGAGCAGCAGAAUGUUGCACUCUUCCGUGGUAAAAAUAUCAUUGUGUACGCUGCAGAGUGGAAGUGGUCUUUGGCGCACAAACUGAAGAGGUAUGGAUCGGAACUAAAAUCGGUUGACCUCCUUGAUGCGGUUGCCAUCACGAAAGUUCUGGUGCCGGAGAUGAAAGCUGAGCCGCUCUCUCGUGCCUGGUUACGCGAUCUGAAUAAGAUCGUCCAUACCCCCAUCGAGGAGCACGUAAUCGACAGGGUGGCAUAUGAAUUCGAGCAGAUCCAUCGCUACACUGGCAUUUCCUGA